CCGUCCGUGCUCAUCGCCGCCCCGCUCCGCUCCGCUCCGCCCGGCGCGCCGGGGCGUGCCCGGAUGCGGAGCGCCGGCCCGGGCGUCAUCCGCGGGCGCCGCAGCGCGGAGCCCGGCCGGCCGGCGCGAUGAGCGCGGAUGAUGAGCUGAGCCUGCUGAUCGUCGUCCUCGACACCAACCCCAUCUGGUGGGGGAAGAGGGCCCUGGGAGAGGCUGAGCAGUUCACCCUGUCAAAAUGCAUCGAUGCAGUGAUGGUGCUGGGAAACUCUCACCUGCUCAUGAAUCGCACCAACAAACUCGCUGUCAUAGCAAGUCACACUCAGGAAAGCCGUUUCCUGUACCCUGGGAAGCGUUGGGCUGCUGCAGAUCCCUUCGGAGAGGGAGGCCCUUCCGUGGAAUCUAAUUGCUCUGGCAGCAAGGAUGGGAAAUAUGAAUUAUUAACAGCAAUAAAUGAUGCAAUUGCAGAAGAGAUUAAAGACCUCAUGACAAAGACUGACGUGAAGGGCCAGCAAACAGAAACCCUGUUAGCAGGAUCACUUGCUAAAGCACUUUGUUACAUCAACAAGAUGGGCAAAGACCUAAAAGCCAAUCAAGAAAUUAAAUCAAGGAUUCUGGUCAUAAAAGCUGCAGAAGACAGCGCAUUGCAAUACAUGAAUUUCAUGAAUGUCAUCUUCGCAGCACAGAAACAGAGUAUUUUGAUUGAUGCCUGUGUCUUGGACUCUGAUUCAGGUCUUCUACAACAGGCCUGUGAUAUCACGGGUGGCAUUUAUUUGAAAGUGCCCCACAUGCCAUCCCUUCUGCAGUAUUUGUUGUGGGUUUUUCUCCCUGAUCAAGAGCAGAGAUCACAGCUCGUCCUUCCACCUCCUGUUCAUGUUGACUACAGAGCUGCCUGCUUCUGCCAUCGCAACCUCAUUGAAAUUGGCUACGUGUGCUCCGUGUGCUUGUCAAUAUUCUGCAACUUCAGUCCUAUCUGCAGUACCUGCGAGACUGCUUUCAAAAUAUCAUUGCCACCUGUCAUGAAAGCAAAGAAGAAGAAAUUAAAGGUAGCUGCGUAGCAACAUUAUGUAAAUACAUCAUUACCUCCUCCAGAAUUCCAUGAAAUGGAACCUACUUGAGAAACUGAUGGCACUUUUUACUGGAUAUGAAAGAGAACUGUAUGCAGUGCUAUUACUUGUUUCUUAGGGGAUAAAUAUUUAAAAUGUAUGUUUUCUAUGCAGCUUGUUAAGUAACAAAUCACUGUAUUACCAUGUAAUCUGUGCUGUUUUAAAUACUAAUUCUUCACUGUAAGAAGAACCAGAAGUUACAUCCUGGUAAAGAGACACAGCCUGUGAAUUUGAGGGUCUUCUGUCCACUGAAAAGUUUCACACCUCUGAGUUAUUUUCAAAGUCAAGAAAGCUUAGAUUCUUUCUAUAUGUUGGUGUAAAGUUAAGACUGACCAUUUCUGUUGUGUAGGAUCAGAAUCAUAGCACUGUGUUGUUCAGGGACUUCAGCUUCUUACUAGCAAUAUGAGCCAUCAUUUUCAAGAUGGUUUGUGAGCCACUUGGGAAAAAAAAAAAAGGUGCUAAUUGCCCUGCAUGUGCACUCACAUGUAUUCAUAUUUCUGUGACUGUUCUGUCCUUGUGGUAUUUCUUUUUCAAUUUGAUAUCUCUUCAUUUGUGAAUGAAAGGACUUCCCUUUGUUUAAAAUAGCAUCAAUAAAUGCAGACCAGCUGGUUAGUCUUCAAGGUUUUGUUUUGAAACUGGAAAACAAGGAAUGUAGUUGUAAUCUGAUAACAGGCACACUUCUUAUUUUUAGUAUUUGGGUUUCCAUCUGACACGUGACAAGAACAAAGACUUUUGGAUUGGUGUCUUUUAUGGCAGGAAGGUCUGCUGUGUACUUCUGAAUGUACAUUUAAAGAAACAAACAGUAUCUCCUUCUAAAGAGAACUAUUUAAUUUGGUAGUUUAACCUUUCUCCUGAAAGGAAUAGAGAGGAAUUUUUUUCCACAUAGAAAACGAGUUAUUUUUUUUUUCCAAUGUGUAUACAGGAAUUUGACAGGUCUUGAUAUUCACAUCAGGUUUUGCCACUGUAACAGCUGCAGUGCCAGUUUUUUCUAGGCUUGCCAGUGUAACAAGGCGAGCUUUUUUUCAUUGACAAAAGCCAUUUUGUGUGAAGGCUGUAUUUAUAAUUUACGUUGUAUAAAACUUUUGUAAUAAAGACUGUCUCUUUUUCAAA